UUUUUGUGGUUAUUAUGCUUAGGUAAGUUACAAUGCUUUAUAGGAAAAUACCAGAAUAACUGUGAUCUCUGCCUUCUUUCCCAGAUGGCUCUCUAUGCUCUCUGGCUUUCUUUCACAUUAGAAACUAAAGACUUGAGCAAAGGAACUAAAGGAAAAAGGAAAGGGUCAGCAAAGGCCAAGGAUCAACGCUUGAGGCUUCAGAAUUCCUCACCUGACCCACUGCUGAGAGUAAAUCCAGGGACCUCCACAGACUAUACCCUCGUGGAGGACUAUGAGCGAAGCAUCCAUGAGAUGGUUACCCUGCUGAAAAACAGCUCUGAGCCCAUGGACAGCAAGUGCCAAGUCAACCUGAGACUCUGGAUGUCCAACAAGAGGAGUUUGUCUCCUUGGGCCUACAGGAUAAAUCAUGAUGCAACACGAAUACCAGUUGACAUUCCGGAGGCACACUGCUUGUGUGCAGGAUGCAUCAAUCCUUUCACCAUGCAGGAAGACCGCACCAUGGUGAGCAUUCCCAUCUACAGCAAAAUACCAGUGCAUCGUCUGCUAUGUGAACCAAGCAAGUCUCACAAGAAGAAGAAAAAGUGCCACAAAGAGCACAAGAUGGUCAUGGAAAUCAUUGCUGUGGGCUGUACUUGCAUCUUCUGA